ACCGGAAGUUGUCAUUAGAGCUAGUAGCAGCUAGCGGUUUGAUAACAAAGAUCCGAUCAGCUGAACACCAGACGGAGCUGAUUAUUGAUUGUUAUUGAUCAGGUUAUUGGCUGGUUUACAGUCGGAUCAGACGGUGUAAACAGUACGGUUAAAGUUCCGAUUCGGUCUUUGUUUGACUCGGCUGAGGAUGUCGGAGGAGCAGACGGUGUCUCUGGUGGAUGUUCUGGAGGAAGAUGAAGAGUUGGAGGAAGAAGCUUCAGCCGUGUUGGCAGGAAGUGACUCUGAUCACUGCUCAUAUCCUCAGGGCUAUGUGAAGCGCCAGGCUCUGUACGCCUGUAACACAUGCACACCAAAGGGAGGAGAGGCAGCAGGAGUCUGUUUGGCCUGUUCAUACAAAUGUCACGAAGGUCACGACCUCUUCGAACUCUACACCAAGAGGAACUUCCGCUGUGACUGUGGAAACAGGAAAUUCGCAGAGCUGCAGUGUAAACUCUACCCUGAGAAGGAGGAGGUCAACAGUCUGAACAAAUACAGUCAUAACUUCUUUGGAGUUUACUGUACCUGCAGCCGACCUUACCCAGACCCGGAAGACCAGGUGGAGGAUGAAAUGAUUCAGUGUGUGGUGUGUGAGGACUGGCUGCACGGCAGGCACCUGGGCUGUGUGGUUCCAGACUGUGUGGAGCUGCAAGAGAUGAUCUGUGAAUCCUGUAUGAACAAAAACCCUUUCCUCUGGACCUACGCCGCGCACCUGGCAGUUCCAGGUGCAGCAGUACAGGUGAAGGAGGAAACAGCAGCAGACGAGUCAAACACAAAUCUUCCUAACAAAGAAGAAAAGGGUGAUGAUGUCAUCCAGCCCAGCUGUAAGCGGAGCCGUGAGGAGGCGGAGCCAAGCUGCAGACUAAAGGAGCUGCAGGUGAUUGGUCAGAAAAGAGUCUUAUCAGGAGCUGUGUUCUGGCCAUCAGCUUGGCGCUCUAAACUCUGCUCCUGCAACACCUGCCAGGAAUGUCUGUCUGUGGCCGGUCUUUCCUUCCUGUUGGAUGAGUCAGACACCGUCCUCGCCUACGAGAACAAAGGAAAGAACAACGAACAGAGACAACAAGGACACGACCCUCUGAUGUCAGCGCUGGACAACCUGAACCGAGUGCAGCAGCUCGAGAUCAUUCAUGGAUACAACGACAUGAAAACUGAACUGAAGGACUUCCUGCAGAGAUUUGCAGCAGAAGGAAAGGUUGUGACUCCUGAUGAUAUCCGUCAGUUCUUCGAGCAGCAGCAGAGUCGCAAAAGACGACGAGUCGACGCCGGGCGCUUCUACAGCACCUGAUGAUCUUUGACCUUUCUUGGCCUCCUGACUGGGAUCGUCCUCCAUGUUUUAUCUUCCUCCAUGUUUCCUCUGUUGUUUUCUGUCAUUUCCUGACGAUGUUGUGGAUUUUCUGGACAUUUUAAAGUUUUUAUCUUCGGUUUAUUUUAAACCUUUUGGACUGCCUGUCUUUAAUGUUGUCCGUUUGUGUUUCAGAGGCCUCCAACAUUAAUGUCUCUUUGUGUUGUCUUUUUAUAGAAAACUAAUAAAACUGAAUCAGCUGAAUCAACAA